UCUGUAUAUACUGGGUGAGUCGUUCUGGUGAAUGGCUAGAGAUAUCUAUGUUUUAAAGAUUUAUAUAUUAUUGCUGAAAUGAGUACGUAAAAUGAUUUAUUGACGUAUAAGAUUGCUAUUACGAUUCGGUGAACAUAAUAACAAGAAGAAUUUGGAUGUUCAGUCACUCAUGUUGCACACGUGUAAUGUCAUCGAAUGUAUAAUGUGAACUAUAGAAUAAUAAUAAAUGCAUAAAUAGUAAAAAAAGAGUUUGACACGAAAAUGAUGAAUAAAUCUAGUAUGAACAUGCUUCGUCUAUUGAGGAAUCCACUUGUACGAACCAAUGUUAUUGGGAUUCAUUGGUAUGAUAUUAAUGCAGUGAGAUAUAAUUCUAUGCAAUCAACUUCACGAGUAUUGGAAUGCCUUGAGAAUCGAAGUUUAGUAAGAGUAGCAGGCUCUAAAGUCUCAGAGUUUUUACAAGGAUUGAUCACAAAUGAUAUGCGACAUUUUGAAGAAGGGGCUGCAAAUAUGUACGCUCUCUUUCUAAAUAUAAAAGGUAGAGUUAUGUAUGAUUCAAUCAUAUAUAGAGGGGAAGAAAAUGAAGUUUAUUAUAUUGAGUGUGACUCACAAAUUGUAAGCCAGCUACAAAAGCAUUUGAAGAUGUUUAAAGUACGACGAAAAGUAGAUAUAGAUUCUCUUGAAGAUACCAUGAAAAUAUGGGUUGCAUUUGAUUCCUGUUUAAAUCCGACUGAUAAAAACAAUAUAAGUGAAUAUGGUAAACCGCAACUGGAGGGCCGAAUACUUCCAUGUGGCACAUUGAACAGAAGAUCAAGUAAACAGAUUGAUAAUAUUAGACUAUACGAAGAUCCAAGACUAUUUGAUUUAGGUUUGAGAAUAUUAACAGAAUCAAAUGUAAGCAAAGAUGAAAUUAUCAAACACUUGGGACCUGUUGCAACCAAUAAUGAGAAUCUUAUGAACUAUAAAGCUUUUCGAUAUAAACUAGGUAUAGGAGAAGGUAUAGAUGACUUACCUCCAGGCAAACCAUUUCCUCUGGAAAUAAAUUGUGACUAUUUACAUGGCAUAAGUUUCCAUAAAGGAUGUUAUAUUGGUCAGGAGCUGACAGCUAGAACACAUCAUACAGGUGUUGUUCGAAAGCGUCUAAUGCCUAUAAUAUUUGAUCAAAUUCCAUGUAAAACUUUGGAGUAUGAUGAGAAAAUUUAUGAUGAAACUGGCAGAGUUGUUGGAAAGUUCAGAGGAAGGGAGAAGACAUUUGGUUUAGGAUUGAUACGAAUAGCAGAAGCUCGAAAUGCCAAAACUCUCAUAAUUUCGGACGUUACUUUGAAAGUUAUAAGACCACUUUGGUGGGCACAAGAACUCCGUAACGAAAAGAUCUCAGCAGAUAGUUAAGAAACGUUGUAAAUUCAAUUCGUAAUAGAAUGCACUGUGAUUUU